AUGGGACACAACGAUAUCUGGGCCUCUCACCCGGCCAACUACGGCAAGGGUUCUCGACGAUGCCGCGUGUGCGAAAACCAGUGGGCGAUCAUUCGCAAGUACGACUUGAACAUCUGCCGUCAGUGCUUCCGGGAAUACGCGAAGGACAUCGGUUUCGUUAAGAACAACUAA